GGGAAAGUGGGAUGGUGAACAACAAGCUGCUUCUUAAUGCUUCUACCCAGCAAAGUACGCAUGGACACGGCAGUAUGCAGGCCGGUUGCCUCUCCAGCCCACCUCGACGCUCCCGCUUCCGACGUGGUCGCAGUGCUUCAGCAAAGGAUGAGGAUCGUGGAGGCGCAGACCAGCUCCCUGCGGGAUGACCUGAUAAUGCUGGGCUGUGGGGACAGAAGAGAUCAGCUGGAAGCUGCAGACUAUUUCGAAGACCCCACCAACCAGAAAGUUAUUAGUCCUAUCCAGAGUGAAGUGAUCUGUCCAGGGAAAACAGAUGUUUUGUGGAAGAACUGUGAGUUUCUGGUAAAUCGGAUGUGCCACCUGGAAAGCCUCAUCCAGUCCCUGAAGGUGAACAUCUUUCGUCUGCAAACUGAGAAAGACUUGAAUCCACAGAAAACAGCUCUACUGAAAGAUCGGCUGAAUAUAAUACAGGAGGAACAUUCCAAAGAUUUGAAGCUGUUGCAUCUGGAGGUGAUGAACUUGCGCCAACAGCUGAGAGAUGUGAAGCAGGAGGAGGACAAGGCACAAGAUGAGGUGCAGAGGCUGACUGCCACCCUGGAAAUGGCCUCGGAGACAAAGAAGAACUCAGCUAUUAUCGAAGAGGAGUUAAAAACCACCAAACGUAAAAUGAACCUUAAAAUUCAGGAGCUCAGGAGACAGCUAGCUCAGGAGAAGCACUUCAGGGAGUCUCUUGAAAAAUCGGGAUCAGCUAUGCUCCUCAAAAUACAAGAAAUGGGAUCCACGGUGGAGGUGGAACGGAAACAGGUGCACAUUUUGCAGCAGAACUGCCUGGCCUUGCGCAGUUCUAUACAGACCACGCAAGAACUACUGGCACAGGAGCAACAGAAAAAAGGGGAGCUGGAGACUGCAGCCUCACAGCUCAAGGCUGACCUGAUUUCUAGAGAUGACCUCAUUUCCAAGUUGCUUGAAGAAAACAAGAAUAUGCAAGUGUCUUUCAACAAGCAACAUAAAGAAAAUGCAUACUUGAGGUCUGAAAUAUUAAACCUUCACCAAGCAUUAGAAAAAGCUCAGGUCUUGAAUGCCCAGCUGACUAGAAAGUGCUCCGAGCUGAGCAGCAUGCUGCAGACUGCCAGUGCAGAAAAGGCCAGGCUGCUCGCUGACCACCAGGCUGUGCUGCAGGUAGAGCAGAGGAGGAUGACUCAGACCUUCCAAGAGCAGAGCCUGCUGCUGGAUGCAGCCCACGCCAGUGUCGUGAGCGAGCUGCAGGCCGCUCAGCAGGAGAAGACGCAGCUGCAGGCUCAGCUGCACCAUUUAACCCUUGAGCAUGACCAGUGUGUGCAGAAAGCCCGCGAUGCUGAGCAGAGGACGGCAGUGCAGAGGGAGCUUCUGGAAUCCACUAUUACCAGGCUGCGGGGUGAGCUGGAUGCAUCGGUGCAGGAGAAGAAGUCCUUGCUGGAGGAGAACAGAAGGUCCCAGAGAGAGGCUAAAAAGACAGAAAAAGGAAUAGCACAAAAAAUAUGUUUGGAAAAGGAGCUAGCUAAAGACAAGGUAGAUGUAAAUACCUUAAAUGAAAAUCUGCAGACACUGGUGGAAGAAAAUAAGUACCUCGCGGAUCAAAUGGCUUCCCUUGGGCUGCAGCGCGUCGCUUCCGAUUACCAUGGGCUUGCCCAGCAGAAGGUGGAAAAAGUCUUGGGGAAAAUUACCGAGAGCAAAAACAAACUGGCUUAUGAGAAGGGCCAGCUCCAGGUAAAAGUUAAACAGCUAGAAGAACAGCUGCAUUCUUUUGCUGAAACCAGUUUACAGAAUGACCACCUACGCAAGCUGAAUAAGACGCUUGAGGCCAAAAACACUCAGGUGAAAUCCAUCCUUGAGAAAAAUGAACACGAGCUGUCGCAAGCAGUGAAGUGCCGGGAUGCAGCCCUGCAGGAGACUCAGAAGCUGAAAGGGGACCUGGAGGCCUUGGAGGACAGGGAAAGCAAGAAGGUGGGAAACUUCCAGCGACAGUUGGCAGAGGCGAAAGAAGACAACUGCAAAGUUACAAUCAUGCUGGAAAACGUGCUGGCUUCUCACAGUAAGAUGCAAGGAGCUCUGGAGAAAGUGCAGAUAGAGCUGGGGCGAAGGGAUUCCGAGAUCGCAGGCCUCAAGAAAGAAAGGGCUCUACAGCUGCAGCGGGUGCAGAAGCUGGAAGCCGAGGUGGACCAGUGGCAGGCCAGGGUGCUCGUGGUGGAGGCGCAGCAUAGCAGCGAGAUGGAGCCACUACAGAAAUCUCUAGACGUAGCUAGAGAGGACAACAGGAAACUGGCCCUGAGCCUAGAGCAGGCUCUCCAGACAAAUUCUCAUCUGCAAAGCAAGCUGGAUCACAUUCAAGAAAAGCUAGAGAACAAAGAACUGGAGUGGCAGAAUCUAGAAGCCCUCAGGGAGCGGAUGACAGAGGAGUGCAAAGUGGAGGCGGAAAUGCACGCCGAGCGCAUAGAAGGCCUCCGAAAGCAGUUCCAGACGGAGCGCGAGUCAGCCAAGAAGGCUGCGCAGCGGGAGGUCACUGAGCUGAAGAAAGCCCUGGACGAGGCCAAUGUCCGGUCGGUGGAGGUGUCCAGGGCCAACCGGGAGCUGCGGCAGAGGCUCGCCGAGCUGGAGAAGACGCUGAGCAGCAGCCAGGAGAGGCUCAGGAGCCAGAAGGCCCAGAUCAAGCUCCACCUGUCAGCGAAGACGGCCAACGCCCAGAACGUGGAGCGGAUGAAGCAAAUAGAAAUGGAACUGCGGCAGAUGGAGCUGAUUAAGGAUCAGUAUCAGAAGAAGAACUACGAGCAGUCCCUGAGCAUCCAGAGGUUCGUGUCGGAGGUGGCCAACCUGCAGAAGGAGAUGCAGCUGCUGGCCAGGAGCCAGGGCGAAGCCUCGGCCCGGAACAGGCAGCAGGAGCUGCGGCUGGCGGCCGAGCACAAGCUGCGGCAGGAGCUGGAGGCCCGGUGCCGGGAGCUGGAAGAAACCAUCAGACACCUGAAGAGAUGCAAAGAGGCGACAGAGAGCAAGCUGAAGGAAGCCAGUGUGGAGUCGGAGCAGAUCACCGCCAACCUGGAGGAGGCGCACCGCUGGUUCAAGCACAGGUUCGACGGCCUGCAGCUGGAGCUGACCAGGAACCGGCUGCAGCGGCUUCCCCGGGAGGACAGGUGGCCUGAAGAGGACGAAGACAUGAGGCACAAAGUCACGUCCACCCAGUCUGUUCUGCACCGGUGGGAGAUGAAACAGGACCUUGGGCUUGGGCCCAAGAAGCACCCUUCUGAGGCAGAGAGGAAGAAGUGUCCUUGACAGGAGCCGCCUGCGAUGUGACUGCACUCGUGACUCUGGGCCAGUGGUGGCCAGGCCGGCCUGUCCUGCAGCCCGGGACACGGUCUCUGCAGGCCUGGGAGCUGGGCCCCCAUUCGUCCUCCAUGAACUCUUGUAUCACCACACAACCACCCGA